CGGUGAGAGCUGAGCUGACUUCGCCAGCAGCCCCUCCCCACCCGGCGGCGAGGCUGUAGCUGGAAAGCACUGCCCUCUGCAUGUGUGUCUGUCUCCUCCAGCCCGGGACCAGGGGGAGCAGCAAAAGCAAACCCAAAGACCCCAGCCAGCGCCGGCGCAGCCUGGAGCCCACCGACAACACCCACCAUGGGGGCUACCCGGCUUCGCAGACGCUGUGGGGGGGGUUAUUGGUUGGGUCUUCCUGGGUUUGGUUCCAGCUUCUUCUUGUGAUGAUGGGGUCUCCUGGUUUUGAGGGACUCUUUCAGCUGGAAGGGGAGCAGAUCUGUGUCUUACUGGUUGGGGUCUCUGUCAUAGGUGGAGUCACCACCUUCGUGGCCCUCUAUGACUACGAAUCCCGGACUGAAACGGACUUGUCCUUCAAGAAAGGAGAGCGCCUGCAAAUCGUCAACAACACGGAAGGUGACUGGUGGCUGGCUCAUUCCCUCACUACAGGACAGACGGGCUACAUCCCCAGUAACUAUGUCGCGCCCUCAGACUCCAUCCAGGCUGAAGAGUGGUAUUUUGGGAAGAUCACUCGCCGGGAGUCCGAGCGGCUGCUGCUCAACCCCGAAAACCCCCGAGGGACCUUCCUGGUCCGGGAGAGUGAGACCUCCAAAGGUGCCUACUGCCUCUCCGUCUCUGACUUCGACAACGCCAAGGGGCUCAACGUGAAGCACUACAAGAUCCGCAAGCUGGACAGUGGCGGCUUCUACAUCACCUCCCGCACCCAGUUCAACAGCCUGCAGCAGCUGGUGGCCUAUUACUCCAAACACGCUGACGGCUUGUGCCACCGUCUCACCAACGUCUGCCCCACUUCCAAGCCCCAGACCCAAGGUCUCGCCAAAGAUGCCUGGGAAAUCCCCCGGGAAUCGCUGCGGCUGGAGGUCAAGCUGGGGCAGGGCUGCUUCGGAGAGGUGUGGAUGGGGACCUGGAAUGGCACCACCCGGGUGGCGAUCAAGACGCUGAAGCCCGGCACCAUGUCCCCAGAGGCCUUCCUGCAGGAAGCCCAGGUCAUGAAGAAGCUCCGUCAUGAGAAGCUGGUUCAGCUCUACGCCGUGGUUUCGGAGGAGCCCAUUUACAUCGUCACCGAGUACAUGAGCAAGGGGAGCCUUCUGGACUUCCUGAAGGGCGAGAUGGGCAAGUACCUGCGGCUGCCCCAGCUCGUGGAUAUGGCGGCUCAGAUUGCAUCUGGCAUGGCCUACGUGGAGAGGAUGAACUACGUCCACCGGGACCUCCGGGCAGCCAACAUCCUCGUGGGGGAGAACCUGGUGUGCAAAGUGGCUGACUUCGGCUUGGCGCGCCUCAUUGAGGACAACGAGUACACCGCUCGGCAAGGCGCAAAGUUCCCCAUCAAGUGGACAGCCCCCGAAGCUGCUCUGUACGGCAGGUUUACCAUCAAGUCGGAUGUCUGGUCCUUCGGCAUCCUCUUGACCGAGCUGACCACCAAGGGCAGAGUGCCAUAUCCAGUUCUCCUGAGGGUGCUGGCAGAGAUGUUUCACCAUGGGGAAGGCACAAUCCGUGGCGGGAUCGGACGGGGCUAUGUGCUGGGGCGGCGGUGCCGGCAUGGGGUGGCAGUGGAACCCUUCCUUGGGCAUCCCUCCAGCCUCGCCGGCUAG